UGUGGCUGUGGUCGCUAACGAGUCGGGGGUUUCGACAGCGGCAUGGUCCAGAGGAAGCGGCUCGGGCAGGCACAGCAUCCCACAGCAUACUCUAUUUGGUAAAGUGCGCUGGCCGAGGUUGUAUCCAAGAGCACCGCGCGUUGUCAGCCGGCGACUGCAAUUUCCCGUUGAGACUUAUGGCACGCCACCGAAACCGUUUUGUGCGGUGGACGGUUGUUGUCAGGGCGGCAAUCCAAUCAAGGGAAGCCGCUUCCCCAAUUCAGGUCCCCAGAUGGGGGCCAGAAGAGUGCGAUUUCCGCGGGCCAGGAUCGCAUUUGGCGCCUGCUGAACGAUUGGGGCAGGAAGGAUGUCGAACAUCCCUGCCGAAAAAGACGCAGGUCCCGGCAACCCUCGUGGCGCCAAUCCCUGGGAGGGAAAGCGUCAGGUACGUCUCGUUGCGCUGCAGCCUGUGCAAGGCGGCUUUUUUGUUGUUGUCGGCUCUUUGGGUGCUUGGCGUCCAAAAUCGCAAUUUGCGCCGCAGAGUGUGGCCCUGGGGUUUCUGGGGCCCUGGGAUGGGACGGACCCCCCCAGACAAACCCACAGACAUCGUGGGCUUCUCUCAUUCCUUCCCCAUCCCUCUUCAGCUCUGCGCCGCCCACCCCCUCGCUCACACACAGGCUUCGUUGGCAAAGUCUACUCUUAGAGCCCCUCGCCCGACCUUGAAUACUCGAAGUAUUCAGUCUAUCAUUCUUUCUGAAACACUCUCUCUAGCGAAACAUCAUCAAACCCAUCUCUACAACCAGCACUUGUGCUCAUUCUUCGCUGAAACGACCCUGCACGAAUCACUUCUUCAACUCACACUCGUCUCCAACUUCGAGUUCACAAAACAAAACUACGGCCUUGACCAGAACCAAGUCUCUCGGACUCGGAGCCGGCUUUCACUUCUUCUCACGCCUCGAUAACGACCCCACAACACACUUAUACCCCGACAAGAUGCAUCUGCCGACCAUUCUGGCUGCGGUCCUCCUGCCGCUCGUGGCCGUCGCCGAUGACCUGACGACGACUACUUCAACAAGCACCUUGACUCUCACCAGGACCCUCACGCUGCAGCGCGCACAAAUGACGGUUGUCGUCAGCAACAACAGCACCACGACCGCCUUCACGUCACCCACUCCCACGACCUCAGAUGGACCGGCCGCUACCACCACGGAGCCGAACGCCGGGUUAGCGCUUAGGGCAGGCCAGAUGGCCGUCCUCGGC